AGCUUUAUCUCUUAGGUUGGCAUAAAUCACUACCUGGCGCAUGUACAACAAAGUUUCUCUGCAAUCGUGUUAUCUCCUCGAUUGGCCCACCACGCGUAUAUGAAUAGGACCGUCCUCCUUCCCCGCUUUCGCCAAGAGUUGGUCUUCAUGGUCUUCUCUUUUGCUCGUAUUCCCAAACGGCUACCAGCUGGUCAAGUCGAGCUCCGCGACGGACCUAGUGUCUAAUCCUGUGGCGCAGCAUCAACCUCGCUUCACACGUCCAUCGCAAAGGAUCCAGACAUACAACACCAGAAGUUU